AUGGACGUAGAAGGUCCCGCCUCUGUUGCUGAGACCGCCGAGGCUGCCGCCGAAAAUCGGGUUGCCACCGCUGAAGGCGCAUCACCUGCACCACCAUCGCCUCCCCCGCCCACCGACCAGCACCGCGGCUUGCUCAUACCAGACAUCCCCGAGGAGCGGCUGACUGGCACGUGUAUCAUAGCCGAGAGCAAGAUCCUGGUUGAGAGCCCGUACGGCGGCAAACGCAUCACGGAUUUCCCUCAUGUCGUCCUCAACGACCCGUCUGCCGACACCGGGAGCGUCACGAGCGUGUCGGUCACUAAGAACGACCGCUUCAUCGCCACGGGUUGCGAAGAUUGCGCGGUGCGGAUAUACGACCUCAGCCUCGGUACACUCACGAGCAAGCUCGAGCAGCACCAAGAUACGGUCUGGGCCGUCGCAUUCUCGCCCGACGGCUCGCGCCUCGUGAGCGGCGGCGCAGACCAGAAGGCAUUCCUCUGGAACAUGCACACGCGCGAGCUCAUCGCCGAGAUGGCCGGGCACACGGGCGACGUCUGGCUACUUGCGUACUCGCCCGACGGCACGAUCAUCGCGACCGGGAGUGUUGACACGACGGUGCGCCUCUGGGACGCGCGCGAGGGGCACUGGCUCGGGACGCUUGAGGGCCAUAACGCGGUCGUCAUGUGCCUCGCAUUCUCGCCCGACGGCACGCAGCUCGCAUCGUGCUCGGACAGCACUGGCAUCCUGUGGAACGUCGCGCAACGGAGGCGGAUCGCGCGGCUCGGUGGGCACGGGUCCGUGCUAUGGACGCUGGCCUGGAGCGCAGACGGUAUGCGGCUCGUGAGCGGUGCUGAGGACCAGAGCAGCCGCGUUUGGGACGCGGAGUCGGGCCAGGAGCUCGUGACGAUCAACGAACACACCGGGCCCGUCUGGAGUGCGGUAUUCAGUCCCGACGGAGCUGACGUCGCUAGCGGGAGCUUCGAUGCCUCCGUCGUUAUCUGCGACUCGUGGACCGGCGAGCGCCGGCACCUCCUCGAGCGUGACCCGGCAUCGAUCGGCGGCGCCAUUACAUCUGUCUCGUGGGCUCCCGGGGGCGAGCUCCUCGCGACGGGCUCUGACGACAGCACCGUACGAGUGUGGAACGUCAAGACCGGGCAGCUCAUCCAGAAGUGGCAGACCCACGACGACAACGUCUGGUCCGUCGCCUUCUCGCCCAGCGGCACCCAGGUCGCAUCGGCCUCCGGCGACAGGCUCAUCAUCCUCUGGGACCCGCACUCCCUCCACGAAGACGGCGAAGUCGGACGGCUCGAGGGGCACGAGCUCGAUGUCUGGCAUGUCGCCUACAGCCCCAACGGCAGCAAGCUCGCGUCUGGCUCCGUGGACAGCACCGUUAGAGUGUGGGACCCGCGGGAGAAGCGACUCCUGCUCACGCUCCGGGGACACAAGGCGCAAGUCAUGUUCGUCGCAUUCACAGGUGACAGCGAGCGGAUUGUGUCGUGCGGCGACUCGCACGGGAUCAUAUGGGAUGCCGACUCUGGCGAGUUGCUCGCGACGCUCGACGGGCACACCGGCGGAAUCUGGAGCAUGGCGAUGAGCCACGCGGGCGACCGUGUCAUCACCGGCAGCGAGGACCACAGCGCACGGAUCUGGGACACGAACACCGGUCAGGAGCUGGUGGGGAUCCACGAGCACACGGGCCCGAUCUGGGCUGUGUCGUUCUCGCCAGACGACAGCGAGGUCGUGACGGGCUCGUACGACGCAACGCUGACGACGAACGACUCGUGGAGCGGCGAGCGCCACCAGGUGUUCAGCCAGCCCUCAAUGGUCAUCGACUCGGCUGCGUACUCGAGCGAUGGCAAAUUCAUCGCAUCCGGCGCGGCGGAUGGCAUUGUCAAGCUGUGGAAUAGGCACGACGGGAGCAUGCUCGCAGAGUUUCGCGGACAUGGAGACAAGUGCAAGAGCGCGAAGUUCAUCAACGGGAACAGGGACCUCCUCACGUCGUCUGACGACGGGUCACUGCGUAUGUGGAGCGUCCGGGACGUAUUACGUCUCAUUUGA